AAAAAAAAAAAAAAUUGAAAAAGGAAAAAGAAAAAAGAAAAAAAAUUACACACACGGGCACGCUGAAUUGUGUGGCGUAUAGAUGCACAAAUUCUGAUUUGAAAUGGCGAUCGCUUCCCCGUCCGCUCCCAAUUUCUGCUGCACCACUCGCUCCGAGUCGACUCACCGCCGCUUGUGGUCGCAGCAGGUUUCGUCUCGGGCCGGGUCGAAGCGGGUCUCUAUCCGGCCCGGAAUCUCGUCCCGCCUCAACGCCUCUUCGGAUGGGGAGCUGGUGUACGAGCUCAAUUACAACAGCCAGCGGCGGCGGAGGGGCGCGUUCCCGGUGUACGUGACGCUGCCGGCGGACGCGGUGGGCCCCACCGCCCAGACGAUGAGCCGGAAGAGGGCCAUGGCGCAGUCGUUCCGGGCGCUGGCCGCGGCGGGGGUGGAGGGGGUGGUGAUGGAGGUCUGGUGGGGGCUGGUGGAGAGGGAAUUCCCCAGGAGCUACAAUUGGCGAGGCUAUUUGGAGAUUGUGGAAAUGGCGAAGCGUUUCGGGCUCAAAGUUCGGGCCGUUAUGGCCUUUCAUCAGUUCGGGUCGGGCUCCGACGACCCAUUCUGGAUUCCUCUCCCUCUAUGGGUGCUCGAAGAAAUGGAUAAAGAUCCGGACGUAUCGUAUGCAGAUAGAUUUGGGAGGAGGAAUAUGGAAUACAUUUCUCUUGGAUGCGACGUUCUUCCUAUUCUGCACGGCCGAUCACCGAUCCAAGCGUAUUCCGAUCUCAUGAGGAACUUCAGAGACACUUUCAGACCAUUUCUUGGCGGCAUUAUAACUGGGAUCCAAGUUGGAUUGGGUCCCGGUGGUGAAUUAAGAUAUCCCUCGUGCCCCACUCAUAAAUUAACUUGGGCUUGGCGAACUCUUGAACUCGGUGAAUUUCAAUGCUAUGAUAAGUACAUGCUUGCAUCUCUCAACAAAUGCGCCCACGAGAUAGGCAUGCGCGAAUGGUUAAACGUGGGCCCCAUCGCCACCACCACCAGUCCGAUGCAAAAUCCCGAAAAUACCCCCGACGGAGAGUUCUUCCUCGGCUGGUACUCUCGUAUGCUGCUUCUCCAUGGAGAGAGAAUCUGCAGAGAAGCAGAGACCAUUUUCAGGGGCAAAAAAGUCAACAUGUCCGGAAAAUUGGGCGGGGCCCACCCGUUAACUUCCGGGUACUACAGCACCGCGGCGAGAGACGGGUACACACCCAUCAUACGCAUGUUCGGCAGGUACGGUUUCACCGUGUGCUGUGCGUGUUUCGAGAUGCAGGAUUCCGAUAAGCGAAGGAUAAAUCCCUCGAGUAGGCCCGAGGGUUUGGUCGAGCAGAUUGUGCUUGCAGCUAGGAUAUGCGAUGUACCGUUAGAGGGGGAGAAUGGUUCGACGAACCUGGACGGUGGCUCAUUCGAGCAGGUGGUGAAGAUGUCCAAGUUCUACUCGGAUGGAUUGGAUAAUCCUUCGUUUUCUUUUAAUUUCGUCAGAAUGGACAGGAAUUUGUUCGAGUCGAGGAAUUGGGCUAGCUUUACAAAAUUUGUGAGGCAGAUUUCGACGAUUAGUAUGUUCGGGGCGGGCUCGGAUUUUAAUGGUGGAGGGAAUAUGAGUUCUUCUCCAUCGGCUACUGCUGCUUUUGCUGGAGCUGUUCUUGCUGCACAUUAGGAAAGAAUUCUGUGAGAAGAUUUGAUGUGUAUUAGUAUUUGUCGGUGGUGGCUUAUUUAUAGGGUCUUUUUAACCGAUUAAUUAUUAAUAUAUUCUCUGUUCAAUAAAUAAUUUUAUUAGGGUUGGUCUGAUUCCUUUGUGUAUGCACAAGAAAGGCAAAUGGUGGCUUCCUAAAUUUUUAAAUGGAUGGCUAUUUUGAAGCUCAUGUAUCUUUAUCUUGAAUUAAGCGAGUACAAAUGUAUCAAUGGAUUGUUUAAUCAAUCAUAUCAAGUUAAUUUC